AUGAGCAAAGAAGACGUCAACGACACAUCUGCCAUGGAGACACAGCAGCCAUCUGCAUCAACAACAUGUGCAGAAAAAGGUUCGCAGAGUAUGCCCUCUAAUGACUCAAAAGCUGAUCUUUCUUGCCAGUCGUCCGACGAGGCUGGUGCCGAUGAGAAGACAACCACACCUACGGCAAACAAUGGUUCCACGCAGGAUACAACAACGAGCACUCCAAUAGAUUCAUCUCAAGAAGGUGCAGCAGGAACGACCAGUAGUAAGGACAACCAUGAUACAGCAUCAUCAUCGUGGACAGCAGUAUGGGAUCCUACAUCUCAAGCCUAUUAUUGGUGGAAUAUGAUCACGUAUGAGACUACAUGGGAGAAUCCAUAUGAGAAGAAGGUGGUGGAGGAGGAUAACAAAAAGCUGGAUGAAUCAUCUCAACAGGAGGAGGUUUUCAACAACAACAACAACACUACUUAUCCCUAUGCAAUGGCAACGUAUCCAAUGGAUUCAACAAACGUACCUUCCAAUCUCGUGGAUCAUUCAUACACCUAUCAAGCUUAUUUCAACAAAAGAACGGGCAAGUUUCAAAUGGCAAGUGAUGUUGAUCGUUUGAAUCCAGAGCGAAUGUCGAUUGAAAACAGGGCAAAGCGACAAAUGCAGUAUUAUUUUGACGUGGAUGCCUACACUGAGCAACGUAAUAGAGAACGAGCAGCAGGUAUCCCUGGCAAGGUCACCAAGCGCCAUUUGACGAAAAAGGACAUUGAACGAUUCAAAAAGGCAAAGCAAGAAAAGAGAAUGAAGCGUGCUCGUGAAUGGCUUUGUGAUUGA